AAGCUUUACCUUAUUCUGAUCGUUUAGAGGGCGAUCGCGGGGUCACUGAAUGAAGUCCUCCGUUUCUUUCGGAGGUGCUGACCCGCAGCGAGGCAGAGAUGACUAAGUGACAUAUGGAAUAUGGCGACGACAACAGCAUGUCGUAGAAGGAGAUAACAAGUGGAGCCAACGACCCACUAAGACUAACGUAUCUACAACUACAUCCCCGAGCGGCAGUCAAAGGGGGGGCGUGAAUGCGAGAUGCCAGCGGAAUGAUCGGCCGGACAGAGGCUAGGGCUGCUUCCUUCCCACCGCGUCCUUCCUUGUGUAUCGGAGAUAUAAAGCGAGUGCACCGGAAAAGAAAAGGGAACUGGGGCGAUCUAUUCUAUGGCGAAGCAUCCGAAGCAUAACUGCACACUCACACGAUCUUUGCCGAGAGAUAGGAGCAUUCGGUGGAACCGGUGAACUACACUUGCUUCUGGAUAGAUGUGUGGGACAGAGGGCUCGUGGUACCUCCUGCCCAACCUUCCUCCUCUGCUUUGAGAACCGUGUGAACGGAGAGUAGGCAGAAGGGAAGGAGGUCCUCAUACGGAGUCGCACACUUACUUGAGCAGUGCGGGAGACUGGAGAAUGGGUCAAGUAAAGUCCCCUGGAGCCGGAAAAAGAACAGACGAGGCUUUACUUAGAUAGGGCUUUUAUUGGUCUUUUUUUUUUCUUAGUGAUUGAAAAGGAGAGCGCCCGGGUAUGUUAUAGAAAGGGAAGGCAGAGGCAUCGAAUGGCGAAGAGAGGCGGGGAAGGAAUGGGAAAUCGUCAAGGAUGACUUCUUUGUUGGCGAAACGAAGGGCUAAAUAGCGCCAGUGAUUCUCUGAACCGGUCUGGAUUUCCAACGCCUCAGGAAACUGGUCGAGAUAGAUGACAGCACCUUUUCUCCUCUUCCUUACCGGGAGGGCAAUCUUCUCUUAUGGCCUCACCUCCCGCCCGGCCCGGAAAUCGAGAACCCAGCCCCCUUCUGAUCCAUUCAUUUCCGCAAGCAGGGAGGCUCCAGAGCGAAGCCCCCGCCUAUUCGAGGCCGGGCGGCCUCGCCCCGCAAGCACCCAACCUUCCUUUUGCUCUUCCUUCGGUUUGCCUCCACGAACGCGCCACCUAGGAGCCCUACUCAUAUUCCAAAGGCGACCUGCUUUCAAUACUAGUUUGUUACCUUACGCCGACAUUUUUAAAAAAUUAUUUAAUAGCAUGGCCCGGGGCUAAGAUAACUCAAGUGGGAGAGCCGUGUUAUGGGUGACCUUAUUGCACGGUUCAGAGAGCACUUGUGUAUGUGAUGCAAGUGAACGUGUACGAAAAAGCUGUCGUAAAGUUUCGUUGUUCGUUCCGUCGUUGACCCUAUCUAUGUUUCUACGAUGGCCCAAGAACACGCUCAUUCUUCAGCCGUAGAGAGACUUUUGAAUUGCGAGGUACCAUUACGAGCUCAAUAUAUACGAGUGUUAUUCCGUGAAAUAACUCGAAUUUCAAAUCAUUCACUUGCUUUAACUACUCAUGCUAUGGAUGUGGGAGCAUCAACUCCGUUCCUGUGGGCUUUUGAGGAGCGGGAGAAAUUGUUGGAAUUCUAUGAAAGAGUCUCGGGAGCCAGGAUGCAUGCCAGUUUCAUACGACCAGGUGGAGUGGCACAAGAUCUGCCUCUUGGCUUAUGUCGAGAUAUUGAUUCCUCCACACAACAAUUUUCUUCUCGUAUCGACGAAUUAGAAGAGAUGUCAACCGGCAACCGUAUCUGGAAACAACGAUUAGUGGAUAUUGGUACUGUCACUGCACAGCAAGCAAAGGAUUGGGGAUUCAGUGGUGUAAUGUUAAGAGGUCGUGCGACAUGAAGACAUUGAUAGCAAUAUGGGGGAAGUUCCCAUCAGGCAACAACGGUUCUGCCUGACCCUACUAAAGCAUGCAUA